AUGGUGCAACAACUAUCCUUAGCAUCGUCAAUUCCUCAUUCAAAUUACUUACAAACGAUUACCUCGCUUCAGGCCAUCACGGGUAUACUACAACCACAAGACAUUUCCACUUAUUCAUUAAUCACCAAACCCAAUCAUGUAUUCAAACCCAAAUUUGAACCAGGCAAAAUCAACCAAAUUGAACAGUAUUAUAUGAAAUGUACAACAACUUGGCUCGAUAAGAAGAAAGGACGUCUAGAUAUUGCUAAACCCAUUUUCAACGACGAUAGAUCAAACCCUAUCUUAGUGAACAAAUUAUUUAGUAGUGACGAUCGAAAUGAUGAAGAUGGUACUGAACGUGUAUGGACACUACAGAUUAGUGAUAUACCCAUUGCUGGAAAAAACCAGACUUGUCUGCAACAGACGAUUUAUGAAAGCACCUUGGUGCACACUCAUGUGGGCGUGGAUAGUGGUGCUACUAGAGAUGAAACGGAUGAUAAGAUGGAUAUUGAUGUGAAUAUGAAGGAGGAAAGUGACCAGCCCAAGCAGGAUAUUAAAAAAGAGGAGACUAACUUGGAAAAACACGAGGAGCUACCCGUAAAGGAAGAGGAAAAUACAGAGGAUGCUAUUGUUAUUGACGAGGAACCAAAUACAAAAGAUAGCCAUAAAGAUGAUAACACCAAUGAAACAACUACCGUAAAGACUGAGUCACAAGAAGCGAACAUCACCACAAAUCCAGACACUGCAUCAGCAACACAGUCCAAAUCAUCCACGGGAAAGCGCAAGAACGACUCCUUCUUAAUCUUUCUUAACGAUCUCGGGUACGAAGUAGUCAACCAAUACUGGAUAAAGGGCGUACGAUUCUUUUACAAAGACAUUAUAAUUGAGAUUUACAAAGUAUUUAUCCGUGAUGAUGGGUAUGAUGCUGGUGCCACUGAUGCCAUUAAAUUGAAGUUGUUGGAUGAAUCAAAUACAUUUCAAAUCAAGUGUUUUGUCAAUGUGCCCAAAACGACUGAUAUUGAGUUAAUCAAUGCCGGUGCUAAAGAGUUGAGCAAAUUGCAGGAAUUUGUCAAGAAUCUAUUUAUUUUGGAAAUUCCCGAUCGAAUGUUCAUGGACUCGAGAAUACAAAGCUUGAAAUGA